GGAGCGUGACGGCGGCGGUGUGCGCCUGCGCGCUGGCGGCGGCGGCGGCGGUGCCCGGCGGGGAGGGGGUCCGGAGUGGGCCGCCGGACCCAAAACUGAAGGGGACCUCGGGGAGCCCCCUCCCUGGGACCUUGGUGGCCUGAUGGAGUAAGAGGGGUCGGCUGUGAGUGUGUGACGUUGAGUGCUUCAGAUCUGGUCACUAUGGUACGAGAACGAAAAUGCAUAUUGUGCCACAUUGUGUACAGCUCAAAAAAGGAGAUGGACGAACACAUGCGGAGCAUGUUGCAUCACAGGGAACUUGAGAACCUGAAGGGCAGGGACAGUAAUCAUGAGUGCCGAGUGUGUGGGGUCACAGAAGUGGGUCUUUCUGCAUAUGCAAAGCACAUUUCUAGCCAGUUGCACAAAGAUAAUGUGGAUGCCCAGGAAAGAGAAGAUGAUGGAAAGGGAGAAGAAGAGGAAGAAGAUUAUUUUGACAAGGAACUCGUUCAGUUAAUAAAACAAAGGAAAGAACAAAGUCGACAAGAUGAACCUUCUAAUAGCAGUCAAGAAAUAAACUCUGACGACAGGCGACCCCAAUGGAGACGAGAAGACCGAAUCCCUUACCAAGACAGAGAGAGCUACAGUCAGCCAGCAUGGCACCAUCGUGGACCUCCUCAGCGAGACUGGAAGUGGGAGAAAGAUGGCUUUAAUAAUAGUAGGAAAAACAACUUUCCACAUUCUUUGAGGAAUAAUGGUGGACCAAGAGGCUGCUCCGGGUGGCAUAAGGGUGUUGCAGGAGCCUCCUCAGCUUGGUUUCACAACCAUAGUAAUUCUGGAGGUGGUUGGCAUCCAAAUAGCGGAACGGUAGAUUGGAGUCAUAAUGGUACAGGAAGGAAUUCCGGUUGGCAUUCUGAAGGAACAGGUGGCUUUUCCAGUUGGCAUAUGAAUAGCAGCAACGGAAACUGGAAAUCCAGUGUACGUAGUACAAAUAGUUGGAAUUACAGUGGCCCCGGAGACAAAUUUCCAGCAGGCAGAAACAGAAAUCCUAACUGUCAGAUGGAAGACCUCGCUAUGCUGUGGAACAAGAAAUCUAAGUCCAACAAAUACAGUCAAGAGAGAUAUAGUUGGCAGCGGCAAGAAAGUGACAAAGUUGGUACGGCUGCCGCAUAUAGAGGUCCUUCGGAAGGAUUUACAAGUGAUAAGUUUCCUUCAGAAGGCUUACUCAACUUCAAUUUUGAGCAGCUGGAAAGCAAAACUUCUAAACAAACAGAUCCCAUAGCUUCCAAAAUGGGUGGGAAGAAUGGCAGUAUAGGGAGGGACAAGCUCCAUCGCUGGACUCCUUACCCUUCCCAGAAGACUCUGGAAUUACAAUCAGGAAUGAAGGAAGUCCCUGGUAACAAGGCAGAAGUGAUAGAGAAGCCUUUCUUUGACUUCAGCUUCACAACCACAGGAACACCAGAGCCCCAGACUGAUGAAACAAAGAAUUCCCCAGCGCUGAAAAUACAAAAAGAUACACAGAGUGGAUCCCUUACUCACAAGGCCCCUUCUGACUGCGCUGCUUCUUACGAGGCGGUGAGGGAUUCCCCCAUUACAGAAAAGCACGAACAAGAACCUCACUUAAGUAAGAUGCCAUCAUUAAAAUCCGCACUCCUUCCAAUUCCAGUCACCAAGUCAGUUCCUCAGAAGCCAGAUUUAAAGAAUCCCUCAAAAAACACCAAAACAAAUUCUUUUUUUCCUGGAGAACACUCCAAUCCCUCGAACAAACCCACUAUGGAAGACAGUCCUGGGUCUUACAUAACCAAACUGCGAAGUUCAUGUCCACAUGUCUUAAAAGGGAAUAAAGGUACGUUCGGCACUCAGAGGGAACCUGACGAAAAUUUCAGUGACACGUUACAGAAAGCCGAAGAGGCGCUACAGUGUCAUGAGUCAUUGCAAAACCCACUUCUUGGCACUUCUAAAAGGACCAGGAACUUUGCAAAAGCAAGUAGGAAUGUUGAAGAGUCUGAAAAAGGAUCUUUGAAGAUAGAGUUUCAAGUACACACGCUCGAAGAUGAAAGCGAUGGGGAGCUCUCUGACACAGAAAAGCAUGGAUCAAAAAUUGGAACCUUGGGCUCUGCCACUACAGAAAUGUUAUCCUGCAGCACUCACAUCGCUGAUGAGAAAGAGGGGGAUGACCCAAACGUGAAAACAUGCAAAAAACUCUCCACCAAUGCAUGUACAGCUCAUCCGAAAGAACCUGAGUUGCAAAUGGCCUCUGCAGCCAGUCCACCCUCUGGCUUACUGCUAGACCUGAAGACGUCUCUAGAAGAUGCACAGGUGGAUGACCCCAUUAAAUCUCACGUAUCUUACGAAACAGAAGGUUUUGAGAGCGCUAGCUUGGAUGCAGAGCUCCAGAAAAAUGAUCUAGGUCAGUCCUCAGGCCCUCUUCUGCCUGAACUCAGUAAGCUUGGCUUUCCUGCCUCUCUCCAGAGAGAUCUAACCCGGCACAUUAGUUUGAAGAGCAAAACUGGAGCACACCUGCCCGAGCCAAAUCUCAAUAGUGCUCGCCGCAUUCGCAACAUCAGUGGUCAUCGAAAGGGUGAGACGGAGAAGGAAUCUGGGCUCAAGCCCACCCUUCGACAGAUUCUCAAUGCAUCUCGGAGAAAUGUCAACUGGGAACAGGUCAUCCAGCAAGUAACCAAGAAGAAGCAAGAGCUUGGCAAAGGCUUGCCCAGGUUUGGCAUAGAAAUGGUGCCCUUAGUUCAAAAUGAACAAGAGGUCUUGGAUUUGGAUGGGGAGCCUGAUCUGUCCAAUCUGGAAGGAUUCCAGUGGGAAGGCAUUUCCAUUUCUUCAUCUCCUGGCCUGGCCAGGAAGCGAAGCCUCUCUGAGAGCAGCGUGAUCAUGGACAGAGCUCCUUCUGUAUAUAGCUUCUUCAGUGAGGAAGGUACAGGUAAAGAAAAUGAGCCCCAGCAGAUUUUUUCACCUAGUAACUCAUUGAGGGAUUCCCAGAGUCAGACAACAAACAUGGGCCUUAAGCAGGAAGUGACACCUGUGGCUGCCUCGCUCAGAACAGGUGAAAGGGCUGACAAUGUUGCGAGUCCUAGGCGACAUAGUGCGCAGUUGUCUUCUGACCGGAUGAUACCUUUGAUGCACUUGGCCAAAGACCUGAACAGCCAGGAGAGUUCUACGCCAUCUUCAGAGAACCAGAAUACCCAGGAGAGUAAUGGAGAAGGAAACUCGUUAUCAUCAAAUACAUCCUCAGCCCUCGGAAUUUCCAGUUUGGCAGACGCAGCCACAGACAGUAGCUGUACCUCUGGGGCCGAACAGAACGACGGCCAGAGUGUGCGGAAGAAGCGAAGAGCCACUGGCGAUGGAUCUUCUCCCGAACUCCCAAGUCUUGAAAGAAAAAACAAAAGAAGGAAAAUCAAAGGAAAGAAAGAACGUUCUCAGGUUGACCAGCUGCUGAAUAUUUCCUUAAGGGAGGAAGAACUGAGCAGAUCACUGCAGUGCAUGGAUAACAACCUUCUGCAAGCCCGGGCAGCCCUGCAGGCGGCAUAUGUUGAAGUUCAGAGGCUUCUGAUGCUCAAGCAGCAGAUAACUAUGGAGAUGAGUGCGCUGAGGACCCAUAGAAUACAGAUUCUGCAGGGAUUACAAGAAACAUUUGAACCUUCUGAGCGCCCAGACCAGGUUCCUUAUAGCCUUCCACGAGAGCAAAGGAACAGUAGAUCUCAGACAUCUGCUGAUGCCACACUGCUGCCUACUCCCUUUUUCCCAGUUUUUCUGGAGCCUCCAUCUUCCCACAUGUCUCCGUCGUCCACCGGAGUCCCUCUCCAAGUAACCACAUCUCCUCCUUUCCAAGCCCAUGGCAGUGUUCCUGCUCCAGACUCUUCAAUUCAGAUUAAGCAAGAACCCAUGUCUCCUGAACAUGACGAGGGUGUGAAUGCUGUGUCACAAGACUCUGCUGGCAAUGUGUCCAAGGAAUUACCACAAGCUAAUAGCGAGAACAGUGACAGUUGUUCAGUCUAUCCAGUUAUCACUGCAACAUUGUCCUUGUCAGAGGUCACAGAAAGUUUCCAUGAGCCCAGCCAAGAACUGAAGUUUUCCACGGAGCAAGGAAAUACCAGGAACAGAGGAAAUGUGCCCUCUCCCCAACCAACUGAUCUUCCAGGCAUUAAUAAAGAAGAUGAAGAGCCAGUCAAAGGCAACAGCGGGUCUGAGGCCUGUACCAGUUCUUUUCCAAGAUUGUCGUUUGUUUCUGAAACCCCUGUAGAGAGGGAGCCCCACUCUCCAGCUGACCAGCCUGAGCAACAGGCAGAGUCUACCUUGACAUUGGCUGAAACUCGGGGAAACAAGAAAAAGAAGAAACUUAGGAAGAAGAAAACACUCCGGGCUGCUCAUGUUCCUGAGAACAGUGACACUGAGCAGGAUGUAUUUACAGCUAAACCUGUAAGGAAAGUAAAGACUGGAAAGUCAACUAAAGGGGGGAAGGUGACAACCUCCACCUGGGAAGAUAGCAGAACUGGCCCAGAACAAGAGAGUGUCAGGGAUGAACCAGAUAGUGACUCGUCUCUGGAAGUCCUAGAGAUUCCUAACCCUCAGUUGGAAGUGGUGGCCAUUGAUUCUUCUGAAUCUGGAGAAGAGAAACCAGACAGCCCAUCUAAAAAGGAUUUUUGGAACUCCACAGAGCAAAACUCCUUAGAAACGUCUCGUUCUGGCUGUGAUGAAGUUAGCUCUACCAGUGAGAUUGGCACUCGUUAUAAAGAUGGUAUCCCUGUAAGUGUGGCAGAAACUCAGACCGUGAUCUCCUCCAUAAAAGGCUCAAAGAACUCUUCAGAAAUAUCUUCCGAGCCAGGAGAUGAUGAUGAGCCCACAGAAGGGAGCUUUGAGGGGCACCAAGCCGCAGUGAAUGCAAUUCAGAUAUUUGGGAACUUACUGUACACCUGUUCAGCAGAUAAAACUGUCCGAGCUUAUAAUCUGGUGAGUCGGAAGUGCAUUGGUGUCUUUGAGGGGCACGUCUCCAAAGUGAACUGCCUCCUGGUUACCCAGAUCUCCGGGAAGAAUGCUGCUCUUUACACUGGUUCCAGUGACCAUACCAUUCGCUGCUAUAAUGUCAAGACACGAGAGUGUGUGGAACAUUUACAGCUGGAAGACCGGGUUCUCUGCCUCCACAGUCGAUGGCGAAUCCUCUAUGCAGGACUGGCAAAUGGCACCGUGGUCACCUUCAACAUCAAGAACAAUAAACGACUUGAAAUCUUCGAAUGCCAUGGCCCUCGGGCUGUUAGCUGUCUUGCUACAGCACAGGAAGGCGCUCGAAAGCUGCUCGUUGUUGGGUCUUAUGACUGUACCAUUAGUGUUCGUGAUGCACGGAAUGGACUCCUCCUCAGAACUCUGGAGGGCCACAGCAAAACCAUUCUUUGCAUGAAGGUGGUGAAUGACCUUGUGUUCAGUGGCUCCAGCGAUCAGUCAGUCCACGCCCAUAACAUUCAUACUGGUGAGCUCGUGCGGAUCUAUAAAGGUCACAAUCACGCAGUGACUGUGGUGAAUAUCCUAGGAAAAGUGAUGGUGACUGCUUGCCUGGAUAAAUUUGUUCGUGUCUAUGAAUUACAGUCCCAUGAUCGACUGCAAGUUUAUGGAGGACACAAAGACAUGAUUAUGUGUAUGACCAUCCAUAAAAGUAUGAUUUAUACUGGCUGUUACGAUGGCAGUAUUCAAGCUGUGAGGCUGAAUCUGAUGCAGAAUUACCGUUGUUGGUGGCACGGCUGCUCUCUGAUAUUUGGUGUUGUGGAUCAUUUGAAACAACAUUUGCUCACUGACCAUACAAAUCCAAACUUUCAAACUCUGAAAUGUCGCUGGAAGAACUGUGAUGCUUUCUUCACUGCAAGGAAAGGAUCCAAACAGGACGCUGCGGGACACAUUGAACGACAUGCUGAGGAUGACAGCAAAAUUGAUUCGUGAAGUUUUUUGCCUCCCAUGUUGGGAAGUUAUUGUUUGAACUAAUUUAACUUUGGCCCUUCUCAGAGGCCACAGUCUUCCCUUCCCCAGAGAAGCAGGGAGGGAGAAAAUGGUCACUAGCCAGGCUUACCACUAGUGUAAGUCUGGGCAGCUCUAUGGGAUGAUAGGUACACUGUAAGUUCUUACUGGAGGUUUCUCAGAUUUAAACAGAUUUUAAGGAACCAUACUUCUCUGGGACAGCAUGGAACGUAGUAAUCUAUGCUACUAGUAUUCUCCAGAUGUUGAUUAAAGAUACAGAUCUUAAUUCGAUGCCCGGUCUGACCCUAAUCAUAUCUAUUUUUUUAUUGCUUUUAGUUUGUGAUUUUUAGUUUAUGUUCUUAUGAUGGUUUAAACCGUAGUCCAGCUUUUACGUACAAGUUUGUGCAAAUGCUAGAUUUUUAGGAUCACUUUUAAUUUUUUUAGUUCUAAUAACUGGGUAUUUAAAUUAGAAGCAACUAGUUGCCUUUCUUAACAAUUAUGUGCAGUGUGUUUCACUAUUCUCUUGCCUUGUAGAUGGACAGAGCUGGCUUUAUAUGCCAAAGGGACACACAGUAGAUUUUCAACAGCUAGAGUGACUGCUCUGCUGAUUAUAUUUUAGGAAUUCAGCAAAUCACAUAAUGACAGGUCCUCACUGACAGCAUUUCCUAUCAGACAUCUAUGCACAUUUGGCUGGGAGUGCUCAGUUCAGGAAAGUACACAGACCUAACAUCUACCUUGCAAUGUUGCUGUUAGGCCCCGAACGCACACGGUGUAGGUAUUGUCAGGCUGUUUGGACUGGAGUGUAGCCUUUAUUUCCCUUUCCAGUUUCUGACUCUAGGCCUGUUGUGGGUGUGAAACCUCUUAGUUUUCUCCAUUGCCAAACCCUCUCCGUUCCGCUCUCUGGCUGUGCCUAGACUCUUGGCAGCCAUCACAUACUUCCUCUAGGCUCCCAGCGUGUUUAUCCCCCACCUGCAGCACCCAAGAUGGGGGAAUUAAGAUAAAGCAUCUGCAUACAGUCUUUAGGAUCUCAAGCAACUUUUUAGAAACUGAUUUCUGAAACUGGAGUCUUGCCUUCACCUCCCUUCUAGCUGGCAAAGAAGAGUAGAGUAUGAGGAAGGUAAAGACUCCAAUUUUCCACUGAGAGCAGCCAAGUUAACACAGCCUAGUGAGACUGCUUUUGGAAUUUCUCUGGACUCUUGAGAGAAGCUGUAGAAGUGUUGCUUUCUAGCCUUUUGUUUCUGGAUUCUCAAAACCAUGAAAAAGUCUCCAGAGAGCUAGAAGAAGGGAAAAGAGCCCAGUGCCACAUAUGAGACUUGGGGAUGUGAUGCAUACUGUUUUCUGGGAUUGCCGAGCACACAGGUUUCUCCAGCCCUGUUUGUGUGCACACAUCUACUCACAGCUCUUCACCUGGGCUCUGGGGCUGGGGACUUCACCCAGCUUCAUGAGGGAUUUCAGGAGGGUAUGAUAGUGAAUGCAAGACUAAGUAUGUGUUCUUUUUUUCCAGGGAAGGCUCUAGCGAUUCUUACUGGAACCAUAAACAAGAACUAAUCUAGGAGGUACUACCAAAUAAUGAAUGGCCCCACAGACUAUUUACUUCUAUCCUUAUGAACAGGAAAACUUUUUUUUUUUUUUUUGACCACACUAUUGAUAGUUGCAUGAUACUUGAGAGAGAACAGAGGGAAGAUUCUCUUACAUAAAAUGUAUCUGUGCUAUUUCUUUAUGAGAUUCAGAAGCUUUCUUACCUCUCCUCCCCAUUUCUUAUAAGGAUGACCAGAGCAGUCAGGCUGUUGUGUGGGUGUGGGAAGGGUGAUUUCCCAGGAAGGCGUAUUGGAAUUUAUUACUAAUCCUGGUGUUUUACUCAGGUCCGUAGUGAAGCCGCGUUCCAUGGUGACUGGGCAGUGUGCUAUGAAAGUCUUCCAUGCUCUGUUGCAUGGGUGCCCUUCUGUCCUGCCCGAGGACAUGUCUGAAAAGAGGAGAGUGGUGGAGCUUUGGUACAGCAGGAAGGGGUUAUGUGAGGUGCUGGGCAAUCGUGGGGAAGGUAUGAGCAGAUUGAUAGAAUCAGUAACAACUGAUUUGGGUUUAAUUUUGGUAGAAUUGUGCACAGUCUUUCUGCCUUUGUGUGUGCAGCUGUGACUGUUCCUUGUAUGUGUGUAUGGGUGUGGGUACCUAUAUUUGUAAUACUUUUCCUCAUUUCACAAACUUUUUUUUUUUUUUAAGCCAUGGUAAUACCGUCCUUCUUUCAAGAAAUUGUAAAAUUCUUCUAACCCCAGGUUGGUGUGUUAUCCUAAAUGCACGGUUCUAGCUGUCUAUUUAGAAAUAAAGGCACCAUAAGCAUCUUGGCUGCUUAUGGUUGUGUUAUUGCUUUUAAGAGUCUUGAAAGUUACACAGAACUUAGGCUGCUUUCUGUCUUUUACAAUGUCUUAACUGAUUCUAGCCUUCUGUCUUCCCUUAGAGAAGAGCUGUGGCUCAGCUUUUUGUGUUGACUUGGUGUUUAGUACUUAAUGAAGGAAGGGAAAUGUUCCAUGACCUGAUAAAACCCACCUCGUUUCUUAUAAGGGGUUGGAGGCCAUUAUGAGAAUGUUAUCUUUAGUUGCCUGGGUCUACUUUUAAUGGCUGGAAGCCAAGAAAACCAUAGUAUCCGUCCUUUGGUGUGCAUAUGCUAGUAUUUUAAUGACAGUUUACGGCAAACUAUCAGUUACUUCAAGUUUUUUCCUAAAGUUUUUAAUCAGGUUCAGAAUGUGUUUUAACACACUCCUCUGCUGAGUGAUAAAGCAGUUAAACACAUAAGAGCAAAGAAUUAUCUCCACCUGAUGUUACUUGAAUUUGAGGGAAUGCCAUUGCUACUACACUCCUGCUUUUGUGGGGGAAACUGUUUUCCUGCCUCAGAAGUUAGCAGUUGAGUGUUUAGCUCCUGACCUACCUAUAAUGUAUAGGCAAUAUUAUUGCUGUUUAAGUGAUCAUUUGCCUAACAGGGGCUUUUUUGUUUUGGUUUUGGGGUAGAUAAUAUAGUAGACACCUUUAGUGACUAGGUAUGUGGAUGGUAUGGUGGGAGUAGGUGUACAACACUUAGUGGAAUGGCAUGAUAUAUUUUAUGGAAGAGAAUUCACUGGAGGGGAGAUCACAGUAUAUUGUGAAGUGGGAUUUAAACAACACAUACCCUCUGGUUUGUGCAAACGACUGUAAUUUGUAUACGCUGACUUACAAAUUUUGUUUCUGCUACCAAAAGGAGAGCUCCUAGAACUGUUACGAAGGCCAUGCCUGCCACAUUGGGAAAACUGUGGUUUCAUCCCUGCCCCAAAUCAUCAUGAUCUUCAGGAUUUCAGAGUGACUGAUAGGGUAGAAGCUAUGGUGGAGGUGAUUUGGGCUAUACUGAGUUCCAUGUGUAAGUGGAUAUGAAGUCCUUGUAUAAACCAGACAUAGUGCUUAUUAGACAAUAAUCUCUAACCUCACCUCCAGACUACAACUGCUGGGUCAUAGGGCAACUAAAGUUUCCUAGAUUUGCUUUACAGUUGAAGGUAGUAGCCCAGUUGAAUUGGUGGGGGAGGAAGUCAAGGAGGAAAGGCUGUUGAAGAGCUUUUCUCCUGCUUAAAAGAAAUAUAUGCCCUAGAGCUGCUCCAGUACCCUUGGUAUCUGAAUUUUUUUAUAUAUUGAAUAUGGAUUAGAUGAAUGAAAUCAGAUGACAUUUGACUGCAAAAAUGUUUAUAAGCAAAUAGCUUAGCCUUCUUACAUUUUGGUAUAAAGCUGUGAACUUCAUAACUUUGUAAAGCAAGAUAUAAAGCAAAUUCAAGAGGAAAAUAAAGUACUUUUACUAAUUGUUUA